CUCAGAUUUCUUGACAAGUCCUUUCCGUUGUCUCUAUACUCUAUGUAUAACUAGAAUAUUAGUAGACAGAAUCAUAGAUAGAAUCUAGAACUCUAGAUCUACAGGUAGACCUAGAUUCUAAAAUCUAUUCUAUAUGAGAUUUAGGCAAGAUAUUUCUAUAAGUCUAGACCACUAGAUCUAGUAAUACUAGACAUUAUAAAUAAAAUCUCGACUAGAUUCUACAACGAGAUCUAGAUCUAGACAAUCUAGUCCUAGUAGAAGUCAAGAUCUGUCUGCUAAACACUGCAGUGGUACUGCUACUGCUCAACUUCAACUGGAGUCCGAGUCAACAUAAAUCGUAAUCAUAAUAAAAUAUCCAUGUUCAAAAGAAAAUUAUUGGCUCUUGAAUGUUCUGAAGUUGAUCGCUUUGACAUAAACGAUGAAGGAAGAUUUAGAGCUCUUGUUUUAUGGUUAGAGGAUCAAAAAAUUAGGCAUUUAAAAAUUGAAGACAGGGAACCACUUCGAAAUCUGGCAUCUAAUGAAUGGAAUAAAGCCUUUCAGUCUUACUUAACUGAAAUCAAUAGUCCACAUGACGGAUCAGACAGAAAAGCCCUGUUAGAUUGGCUGUUAGGAUAUGCUAUCCGACUUGAAUAUGGUGAUCAAGUUGACAAGUAUAAGAGUGCCACGCCAGAAUCUUUUAAAGAAAGAAAAGAACAGCAAUUGUCAAAGUCCAUCAAUCCUUUAGAUAAUCUUGACUUCAACAGCCCAGAGUUCAAAGCUGGCAUUACUUCGUUAGCCAUGAUGCUACAGAUUCCUCCACAUUCUAAUCAUUUAGAAAUGUUAAAGGCUAUUUGUAUAGUUAUCAAGGAAAAAUUUACUCAGGAGGCUAUAGACUCUGCAGGAAAAACAAAAGAAAAGGAUGAACACAUACCCCUGGAUAAAACUGAGCUUGGGUUUGAAGCUGGAGAUUACAUAAUAACAGAAGCAGCCAAGAUACUUCGACUUCUCCAUCUUCGAGAUUUAAGGGACUUACAAACACACAUCAAUCAAGCCAUUGUUGCUGUUCAGGCCAUUACUGCCAACCCUAAGACUGACAGCAGGCUGGGUAAAGUUGGGUUUUGAUAAACUUCUGCCUUGGUUUUUGAUUCACUGUUGUAGACUUUAAUGCAUAAAGUAAAUCUGCCAAUGUCUCUGAUAUAUUAAAACACACAUAUUUUCAUGUCUGUUUUGAUCUAAGUCAAUUGUAUAAAUGAAUCUUCCUUUGAAUAGCAAAUAAAGUUGAUUGUGCUACUAUA